AGCUUGAUUUAAAAAAUGUUUUUCGCCUUUUUCACUGUGCACUGUUUAGUGCAGUACUAGAUUGUUGAAGCAAAACGUUUUGUUGACGUUUGUUGCUGUCACUCGUCAGACAACAAAAACGAUGGCUGCCGGUCCAAUCGCUGAGAGGAAUCAAGAUGCCACUAUCUACGUCGGCGGAUUGGAUGACAAAGUGUCGGAGACGCUCCUGUGGGAGAUGUUUGUCCAGGCCGGCCCGGUGGUGAACGUGCACAUGCCCAAGGAUCGCGUAACGCAGAUGCACCAGGGCUACGGGUUCGUAGAGUUUCUGGGCGAAGAGGAUGCCGACUAUGCGAUCAAAAUCAUGAACAUGAUCAAGCUGUACGGCAAACCGAUUCGGGUGAACAAAGCAUCGGCCCAUCAGAAAAAUCUGGACGUUGGGGCGAAUAUUUUCAUCGGUAAUCUGGACCCGGAGGUGGACGAGAAAUUGCUUUACGAUACGUUCUCGGCGUUCGGGGUGAUUCUUCAGACGCCGAAAAUUAUGAGAGAUCCGGAGACAGGAAAUUCGAAGGGAUUUGCGUUUAUCAAUUUUGCGAGUUUUGAGGCAUCGGACGCGGCCAUGGAUGCCAUGAACGGCCAGUACCUGUGUAAUCGUCCCAUUUCAGUAUCGUAUGCAUUUAAGAAGGAUUCCAAGGGUGAACGGCACGGUUCGGCGGCGGAACGUCUGCUGGCAGCGCAGAAUCCACUUUCGCAUGCUGAUAGGCCUCAUCAGCUGUUCGCGGAUGCACCGGUGCCGCCUCCGAUUAUGCCGAUGAUGCCAUCUCAUCCUAUGAUGCCUCCACCACUGAUGGCGCCACCUCCACCUCCGACGCCAACAGCUGUUCCGCCACCACCGCAAGCUCCUUCAGCACCAUCCUUCGCUCCGGGUGCCAUUCCUCCACCACCCUUACCACCGCCAAUCGGUCAGCCUCCGCUUCCGCCGAGUGCUCCGAUGGGCAUUCCAGCGCCGCCGCGGAUGAUUCCUCCACCCCCGUGGCAACAGCCGGCUCCUCCGCCACCAACACCCCCCACUAUGCCGCCGGCUGCGGCUCCGAGACCACCCCCGCCCAACUGGAGGCCUCCACAGCCGCCGCUCCCUCCGCAGAUGCCACCGGCACCAUUCCCUGGACAACCGCGCCUACCUCCGCCUCCUCCUGUGACCAACUUCAGCGCGGACACGUUCAACUUCUAGGAAGAGCUGUGUGUUGGUGGUUUGUACUCUAGGUUCUUAGUUCGGACGAUUAAGUGGAAUAAAUCUUCUAAGAAUUACAAUGGAACAGGAA